UCUCAACACACACACAUGCACAUCUUAGUAGAGUACGUCAGUCUUCCCACGUCCUCUUUCAAGACUAGUUCUCUGCUCGGUGUUUGAUAUUUGGGAAGCGACGAGAACUUGUAAGUCCCUGUAAGGUCGAAGAAGGUGAUACUUAACGAGUUCAAGUUGCUAAGUGUCUUUAAGGAGGUCGACCUGGUGCUCUAGACCAUGAGGAUGCAUCUCCUGACGCUGGUGGUGGUGGGGGGGUUGCUGCAAGGCGUGUUCCUGGCACCAGCCAUCAUCACAGAGAACAACAGCCUGCAGGAGAAGACCAUCAAGGCUAUCCAGUACCUGUCUGAGGUCCUUAGCGAGCUUAAUGAGUCUCUCACUCCUGAACGCAAUGUCAAAAGUAACCCAGUUAAUGUCCCUGUGAGCGAAGCGACGGUGCAGCCAGAGACUGGAACCUUGACGGUGCUGCUGGACGAACUGAACCAGGCCAUUCAGAACAACACCAGAGCUCUCAGGGAGCAACAGCGGCCAGAUGAAAAGUGUCCUCGUCCGUUUUCUAGAGUUGGCUCUCAGUGCUUCUAUGUGAACAAGUACAGGCGGGUGACCUGGAGCGAGGCUCGCAAGUUCUGUCAGGGACUGACGGCGGACCUCGCACAACCCAGCGACGUCAACACACUCCGUGCCAUGCUGCUCGAUAAGUAUCCUGAGGACGACUGUCGCUUCUACUGGGUGGGAGCGUCUGAGGUGGGGUCAGAGGGCGCCUGGGAGUGGCUCUCCAAGACGCCAGUCUCCAGGAGAGAAUGGGCGACCGGACAACCAGACGGAGGCAACGAAAACUGCGUCGUCCUCAGUAGGGACGAGUACCCGGCCCUCCAUGACAGCCCCUGCUACACACACACUACCUUCAUCUGCCAGAAGCAUUUAGUGCCGCAGGUGCCGCAGAUGCGAGAGAGAGAGGUACUGGUGCAGUGAAUGUGAUGUACUGAAGUGUUGAUGUAAUGUGUAGAACAGGUGUUCGAGAGAUGUAAGGACGGUGAUUUUUAUAGGUGUAGUGAUAAAUGUUUGUUGGAGAAAGGUAAAGUGAGCUCAAGCGGCAGAAAAAUAUAAACAAAGCAAAAAUUCGGCUGGUAGAGCAAAAUGAAGAUAGCAAAGAACAGAGGGACGGCAGCCAGAGGAACAACAGCAGAUGAAGAACAGACAUCAGAGAGCAGUUAGACAGCAGCAUCAGCAAACAGAUGGGAUAAAGAGCGACGAAACCACAAAUGGACAGCAGUAAGGCAAAUAGACGGGAGUAUGAGCAGAGACGACAGAUAAAAAGCACGUACGCGCUGCACACACCUUCCUGCCUCAUCAACCCACUUCCUCUCAGUCCUUCCCUACAUCCGUAGUAUCAAGGCUACUAGGAGGUAGGGAGGUUUAGUUAGAUGUAGCCUAAAUUGAUGGAGUACCCCGGAUAUGCCACCUGCCUCCCUGACUGGAUCACAAUAUAUUCCUGGAGGAAUGGAAGAAUGCAUCUACGUAGGUGCCUGUCUGGCACCGACAUCCCUAGUAGUGCUGGUCAGGAUGGCGGUGCUGAUGAUCAUAGAGAAGAUCACAACCUCAGCAAGUACAGGGAUUUGACCUGUCAGUACCGUUUCAUUUUUAUAGGAUCAGAAACCCUUGGCUCCUGGUAAAAACAUUCCAUGGGUUUCAACCAGGUGCUGGGCUCCAGGCUCAUCGAAACCAACAGAAACCUCAGGGUUGCCACCUUAAAUUUUCUAGUGCCUCAGUUUGGCGAUCUAAAGAGGAAACGCCUAUUGCAUUUUGGUUUCCCGACCGACAUUCUAGGAGCUGCAUAAGUUAUAUUAGGGUUUUUAAACAUAUUUUGCACUUCUGUAUGUAUGUAAAUUCUUGUAUUUAUAAAUAUGCAUAUAUAUGUUUUACGUAUCAUUAUGUGUGUUUGUGUGUGCGUGUUUAUUAUAAUUAUUUAUAUAAGUUAAUAAACAAAUAAAUAACAGUUGUAUUAUUGGCAUUGUACUCAUUUAAAAAUUUUAACAUUUAAUUCCAGUAAGACAGUUUCCUCCACC